AGGGAGAAGACGGUACCCAAAACCAAAACCAACACAGACAAAAACCCACACACACACACAGAAAAAAAACGCUCACUUCCAUAAAAAAAAAUCUACUCACACAAAACACGCACACUAUGUAAGUUCAUCACCGUUUCUACGAUCGUGUCGCUCCCAAUUCUGGUUCUUCUUCUUCUCUUAGUCUCAGCUAGCUCUCUUAAAACAGUUAUUAUUAUUAUUAUUAUUUAUUUAUUUUAUUUAUUAUAAUAAAGCUUUUUGUAAUAAUAAUCAAAAUCAACGGUGGUGGAAGGAGGAGGGGGAGACGGUGGUGACGAUGAUAACAUUUUUCGCCACCUAAAAAACAAAUGACUCCGAUCCAAACCCCUAUCCUUCAACAACAACUACAACAACAACUACAACAACAAUACCGUUCAUCGUCGAAACGUAAAUUAGACGAUGACGACGAAAACAACAUGUUAGAUGAUGACUUAGUCUAUGUUAGAAUGAGGAAACAAGAAACGACAAAAACAGCAGUUAAUUCAUGGAGCCGUGGCGGUGGUGGUGUUGGUAGUAAUGGUGGUGGUUUAUUGAAGAAAAAAUCAGAAAUUCAAUUUUUUAUUAGAAUGAUGCCAAAAGGAAACAGCGUUGUUAUACACGCUUAUCCAGAAGAUACUGUGAAAUCAAUUCUUGAACGGUUAGUAGAAUUGAAUAGUAUACCUAUUUUUGAACAGAGGUUGAUUUUCGGAGGUAAACAGCUUCAGUGGGAACAAACUGUUGCUCAGUGUGGUAUACAAAAAGACUCUCAUGUUGAACAUGUCGGUCGAAUGCGGAGUACAGAACAUCCUCAAGCUUGGCAAGUUGUUAAUGAUAUGGUUACUGUUGUUUAUGAUCUUUGUCGUCAAGUAGAGGUUGAUGAAGCUGCUAAAACUGUUAAGAGUCUUCUCACUAAUUACAUAAGCUUGGCUCUAACUCCUAAACCCAAACUUGAUGCUGAUUCUGCUACCAGCUAUUUCGGGAUUUUCAUGAAUUCCUCUGCCAUUUCAGUUCUUGUUACUCUCUAUAUUUCACCUUUCAAGGGUAACAAGGACACUGCUGAUUGUUGUAUUAGGCAUUUUUUGAAUUGUUGUAGGACUUCAUUGUCUAAGAUAUUUCAUACUCAGGUUGCGCGUGUAGCGUUGGAGUUUUGUAAAUUGCUUAGGAGAGGAGCAGGGACUCAUGAUCCUUUGUAUCUCUUUUGUCGUAGUAGUUUGGGGGAUUUUCUGGAGGCUGCUGAAGUUUCACUUGCUUCUUCUGAGGAUCAGAAUUUUAAAGGUUUGGUAUUGGUUCAAGAUUUGUUUCCGUUUGUUCGCGAACUUGCUGAUAGUUUGUUGAUGAAUUUGGAUUCAAGCAAUGAUUCCCCUUCACUUGCUUGUCCUUUGUUGACCAAUAUUGGGGAUUUUACUGCAUUUUUAGUCCCUGUGAGGACUGGAAUUGAGCAACAUCAGGCUCUCCGGGGUCAUGUCCCUUACCACAAGCUCGACAGGAACGGCUUGGUUAUGGAAGAGAUUGAAUACCUUCAUCUGCUGUACAAUCAGUUGUUGUGCAAAAUUGAUACAUGCCUUCACAAAAUGGAGAAGAGAUUCGUUGACAAGGAAAUGGUGCAUGAGGAAAAUUAUUUUUAUCCUGCUUGUUCUCUCUAUCUUUCCCUUUUGAAGGAGUUGCAUAAGAUUUCUAAGCUUUAUGACGGUGCUCCAGAAAAGCUCCGGAGUGUUUUGAUGCGGCAAAAGACUGUGAUGUGUCUGAUGGUCGUUAAAUAUGCAAAGAGGGCCGACGAGCAUCAGUGGAUUCUCGAGCACAAGAAUGUCACUACUUUUGAGGCUAGGAGGCAUCUGGCCAUGAUGAUAUUCCCGGAGGUAAAAGAAGACUAUGAGGAGCUACAUGAGAUGCUCAUUGACAGGUCUCAGUUGUUAACUGAAUCUUUCGAAUACAUUGCACGGGCUGAUCCCGAAUCACUUCGUGCUGGACUGUUUAUGGAAUUCAAAAACGAGGAAGCCACUGGCCCUGGUGUGCUGAGGGAAUGGUUCCUUUUGGUUUGUCAAGCAAUAUUCAAUCAGGCAAACGCCCUUUUUGUUGCCUGCCCAAACGAGCGAACAAGAUUUCUCCCCAAUUCUGCUUCCAAGGUACAUCCUCUGCAUCUUGAGUACUUUCGCUUCUGUGGUCGAGUUAUUGCAUUAGCUUUGAUGCAUAAGGUGCAAGUAGGUAUUGUUUUUGAUCGCACAUUUUUCUUGCAAUUGGCUGGAAAUCCUAUUACUUUAGAAGACAUAAGGGAUGCAGAUCCUCACCUGUAUAAAAGCUGCAAGCAGAUAUUGGACAUGGAUUCUGGUUUCAUUGAUUCAGACGCAUUAGGACUGACGUUUGUUAGAGAAGUGGAGGAAUUAGGACACAGGAAAGCAGUUGAGCUCUGUAGUGGUGGAAAAAACAUUGUUGUUACUAGUAAGAACAGGGCAAAGUAUGUUGAUCUUCUUAUAAAGGAUCGUUUUGUAAAAUCCAUAUCCGAGCAGGUGUCACACUUUUCCCAAGGUUUUGCUGAUAUUCUUUCAUGUUCAAAGCUCCAGCAGUUCUUCUUUCGAGGUUUAGAGCCUGAAGAUCUUGAUUAUAUGCUGCGUGGGAGUGAAGAUGCCAUUUCUGUCGAAGAUUGGAAAGCACACACCGAAUAUAAUGGCUACAAAGAGACAGAUAUUCAGAUAUCUUGGUUUUGGGAGAUUGUGGGGAGAAUGACAGCUGAAGAAAAGAAGGUUCUUCUUUUCUUUUGGACGUCUGUGAAAUAUUUACCAGUUGAAGGCUUCUGUGGUUUGGGUUCCCGUCUCCACAUUUACAAGUCCCAUGAACCUUGCAAUCGUCUUCCUUCAUCUCAUACAUGCUUUCACCGGCUGUGUUUCCCAGUUUAUUCGUCUAUGCCUGUCAUGGAAGCUCGUCUUAAAGUCAUUACUCAAGAACAUAUUGGCAGUAGUUUUGGUACUUGGUGAACAUACCUGCAAUCUGGAUAGAAACUCGUUUUGAUUUGACUGCACAUAGAAUUAUCAUUAUGCAGCUUUGUACAGACUAUAGGAGCAUCCCAUCUGUUGUCCUAUAAUUGGAUACUUUGAGAAUGUUGUCAAAGUUCUGUUUUGGAAAGUAGUCAAGGGAUGUAAUUUUAUUGAUCUUGGUCAAAUGUUUAUAUGGAUAAAUUAUUAAUAAUACAGGAUUUGAAGGAAAAAAAUUUUGAUCUCUAUGUGAUAUUUUAGUUAAUAUCUGCUGGUUCGUUAUCGAGAGUAUGUUAGUAACACUCGAACACUCUUUUUCAAACACCUGUGUAGGUUUGGCUUGAUGGUAUUUCUCAUGAAGAAGCUACGAAUUGUAGCAGCAGUCAAAUGUGCAGCCCCACCGGGAAUGCAAACACAGUCUGUCAUAGUGGAUGUUUCUCAUUAAAUUUUGACUUAAUUCAUUCUCUCUCAUGCAGCAACUCUACUCCCUAUACUCAAUUACAGUAUAAUUUUAACUUCUACCAAUUAUCAUUCUUGUUUUUGUCCCUUCCCUUGAGAAGAGAUAAACCAAAUUCAAGUCAAGUUCAUUUAAUAUUGUAAUAUUUGUUGUGUAAUUUUGUUAUUAUCUCUUGUAGUUGUUUAGC